AUGACAAAAAAGGCUGUCGAGUCUUUCACAAAUCCAUUAAAACAUAUUCCCGGAUUGGAAAGUGGAACCGAACAGUUGUUGCACUCCACAACAAUUUCCAUCCUUGCAUUUUUGUGCGUGCUGCUAGCGUCUAAGCCGUUGUUUGGGAGUCCCAUAGUUUGCCAAGUGCCUAAAGAUUGGCCCAGUUCCUCUGUUGAUUAUUUUACUGACAUGUGCUACUAUGGAAAUAGAGAGAGUAUUCAUAUCACUCAAGUGAUCGAUCGAGGAUAUAACAAAGGAACCAUGACCGUAAAUGCGAUAUCUGGAACUUCGGACUUUUAUAUGGUAUCUCAAGUUUCGAAUAACAUAACAUCCCUGUGUUACAGUGGGUACCCUUUCUACCAAUACUUCAUCUAA